AUGGUAUCUGGAGGCUUCAAUUUUACAAUUACAAAAUCAUUUAUACCUAUAUUUUACGAAGAAUCUAAUGUCCUCGAUGACAUACUGAAACAAAAAUGUGAUUUGAAAUCGAAUGAGUGUGAUAUAAGUGUCCCUGUUAGCAUGGCUACAAUGGAAAUUAUUGGAAGGACUGCAUUAGGUGUAAAAUUUAAUGCUCAAAAUGGUGGUCGUCAUCGAUUUGUCGAAAAUUUACAAACAGUCAUGCACGCAUGGGAAUAUAGAGUUACACAUCCGUGGUACUUGAGCAAAACAUUAUUCCAACUUUCAUCAGUCAAAAAAAAACACGAUCAAAGUCAAAAAAUCAUAAACGAGUUCACGGACGAAAUAAUUAAAAAAAAACUUGAUGAAUUGAACCAAAAUGCGAAUAAUAAAAAUAAAGUUGAAACAGAUGACGAAGAUGUUUGUCGGAAAACAAAAACAGUUAUAGACAUUUUAUUAGAAAACUAUCAUGAAAUGUCACAUGAGCAAAUACGAGAUGAACUUGGGACCAUCAUGAUUGGAGGACAAGAAACUACUGCUAUGGCCAAUGCAUGUGCAAUUUUUAUGUUAGCUCAUCAUCCAGAUGUACAGAACAAGGUGUUUGAGGAAUUGCAAUCAAUAUUUUCGACCGGGGAUGGGGAUCAUAGUAGACCACUAACAUAUGAAGAUUUACAACAAAUGGAAUAUCUAGAACGAGUGAUCAAAGAAACAUUACGAAUUUUCCCUCCUUUGCCAGUGUUUUGUAGAAGUUUAGAUGAGGAAAUGAAAAUUGGAGAACAUAUGUGUCCAGCCGGUUCAACACUGCUGGUCAGUCCACUGUUUAUACAUUCGAGUGGCCAGUACUACACUGAUCCAGAGAAGUUUAACCCAGACAAUUUUUUGCCAGAUACGUGCCACAGCCGACAUCCAUAUUCAUUCAUACCGUUCAGUGCGGGAUACAGGAAUUGUAUUGGGAUCAAAUAUAGCAUGCUCCAAAUGAAAACCGUUAUAUCGACACUAGUGCGAAAAAAUACAUUUUCUCCGUCGGAAAGAUGUCCCACGCCUAAACACCUAAGAGUUAUGUUCUUAGCGACACUUAAAUUUGUCGACGGUUGUUACGUCAAAAUAGUACCAAGAACUUCUUAGAAUAAUAUAAUAAAAUUAUACACAUUUUGUUCAUUAUAUUAGUAUUCUAAAGUUAAAA